GGAUUUAGAAGGUCUGUUGAGUCUUCGACUCAACCGCUUCCCGGCGUGUGCGAGCGAGACAACGAAGCUAUCGCUGUCGCGGGCAGCGGGCUGCCGCGGACAGCGGGCCACCGCGGCUCGCCUGCGCAUCCGCGCGCCCCACCUCGACAGUCAGCUGUUACACGCCACGACAUACGCCCGCACUCGCACUCUUAAUUUUCUUAUUGGUUGUUCGUACUCAUAUUUCUUAUUUGUAACAGUCUGAUAUUUCAUUAUACUCAUUUUAAUACAGUCCACUAAGCAUUUCAUUUUAUAUAUAAGGCUAUCGACCCCAACAUAUGGUCCUUCUACCGUUACGUUGGACUAUCGCGCGUCGUUAGAACAAAGAAAAAUUCAAAUCGACGGUUCUGCAAGUCAUCGGGCUGUGAAUUUUUCCAAGUUUGUCAUCGUAUCUGCAUCAAGAUAAUCAUCAUCGUGCAUCCAGUUCUUCGGUGUCUGCAUUUGGACAUCGUGAACAUCGGCACGGCUGCAAAUUAGCCGUCUUAGCCGUCUUCAACCCAACGGACAUUCGAAGAAUUUGAAAUUGAACUUCAUAACGGCUGCAAAUAUAUAAUACAUCUUCAAAAUUGUCGUCGUGCAUCGAGAAACUUGAAGAAUCUCCUCAUCACCAUCCUUAUCAGUGGUUUGCGCAACAAAACUGUGAGAUCGUUCCAAUUUUUCCUUUUUUAACUUUAAUCAUCAACACCGUAGUAAAAAUUUAAUUUCAUAUAAAUCAUUUUCAUCGCAUUAGUAUUAUUGCACUUCAUUCAAAUCAUUUUAACUUCGACCUUCAUUGAAUUUACUGUUUCAUCUCUUCAAAAUUAAUUAUUUUUUCUCAUUAUUUAGUUAAUAUUCAUUUAGUGCCUAUCAUAGUCACUCGUCAUAAUUCAUUUAUCAUCGUCAUCUUCUUAAAUCCCAUUUAAUUAAUAUUAUUGUGUUAGUUCCUUUGUUUCUGUGAUUUAAGGUUAGUUCUAUGACUCAUAUUUUCUUCACAGUGACAAAGCAAUUUGACAUUUACCUAAACGCCUAUAAAAUUGUCAGAGCAAUUCUCGCUUAAACAACUUAGUGCUAUUGCAUCAUUGCAGUAUAUUUGCUAUUAUUUUUUCAAAAGGUACCAGAUUUAUUUUAUAGCUUUUUUUCCUUCUACUUUUAUCUUGCCUCCAUCUUGCAAUAUCCAUCUUCGUCAUGGCUGAUAUUAAAAGCUUUAUAAAGAAGCGAGCAUCAUUUAAAGCUAAGCUUACGCAAUUUUCUUCUUACUUAAACAUAGUUCAAUCAUGUGAAAAGUUAAGUGAGGUUCAACUCAUUGAAAUUGAACAUCGCCUUAGUACAUUUGAAAGUUUAUAUGAAAAAUACGACAUUUUACAGACGGAGUUGGAGGAAGCGGUGGAUGACCCCAGCGAGCAAUAUACGGAACGGGAGGAGUUCGAGAAGCAGUACUACAGCUUGGUGGCUACUGCACGGCAUCUCAUUGGCAUGGCUCGCAAGCAUCUUUCGAGGGACGCCGCGUUCGGGGUGGAGUCUGGUACUUCUCAUACACAUAAACACACAUCAGUUCGUUUACCCAAAAUUGAUUUACCCAAAUUCUCUGGCAGUUAUCAUGAUUGGUUAGAGUUUAGGGACACCUUUAUUUCCAUCAUUCACAAUAACGAAGGCAUAGACAACAUAAAUAAAUUGCACUAUCUUCGUGCUUCUUUGAAGGGUAGCGCUUCUCUUAUAAUUGAUAAUCUAGACUUUAGGUCUGAUAAUUAUGACGCUGCCUGGAAGUUGCUCUGUUCUAGGUACGACAACAAAAGACUGCUUGUCAAUAACCACGUUCAAGCCAUUUUUAGUGUACAAAAUAUCACUAAGGAGUCAACGCUCGUGGGGGUGACGGAUGCUGAAGGCCGCCCUCAUACUGCUCGAGUCUUGCUGGACAAUGGAAGUACCGCAAACUUCGUAUCUGAAGACUUCUGUCGGAAGCUACGUAUCCCUACUUAUUUUGUUGCAUCUAGAGUUAAAGGCAUAAACAAUCAAUCUUCUGAUUGUUCACAGGGGUGUACACUCUCUUUAAAUUCCCUUAAUGAGGAUUUUGAAGUUGAGUUAGAUUGUCAUGUCAUAGCAAAAGUUUCGUCAUCAGUUCCAAGUACAUAUAUUGACACCCAUAACAUAUGUUUACCCAGUAACAUAGUUCUUGCCGACCCUCGCUUUUAUACUCCAUCUUCCAUAGACAUUUUGGUUGGUGCAGAAGUAUUUUGGGGUAUCAUAGGCAUGAAUCGUAUUUCUCUGGGUAAAAACAUGCCUACAUUACUAGAGUCAAAAUUAGGCUGGCUCAUAACAGGUGUUGUACAUCAACCUAACAAUUUUUCAAAUAAUUCUUCUUCUUUCAUGCUCACAGAUGACUUGCGGCUGGGCUUGAACCGCUUCUGGGAGCUGGAUUCCAUUUCAUCAAAACACAAACUGACAUACGAAGAGCGAUCAUGCGAACAGAUUUUCGUAGAGACCACAUAUCGUGACACGGAUGGACGGUUUGUCGUUAAUAUUCCCCUUAAAGAAUCCCCUGAUGUGUUAGGUGACUCAUACUCAAUGGCCAAGCGUCGCUUUCUUGCUCUUGAACGUCGUUUAGCCAAAGAUUCAUAUUUAAAACAAUUGUAUGCAAAUUUCAUGGACGAAUAUAUAGAGCUGGGCCAUAUGUCUGAGUAUAGUCACUGUAACACAGCCUCCACAUAUCCAAAUUACUUGCCUCAUCAUGGUGUGUUGAAGGAGUCAAAGUCUACAACCAAACUUAGAGUUGUUUUUGACGCUUCGGCUCGCACUACAACAGGUAAGUCCUUUAAUCAAAUUCAAAUGGUUGGUUCUCCUCUACAAGACGACUUACUAUCAAUUUUACUCAGAUUUCGUCAGCAUAAGAUUGUUGUAAGCGCAGACAUUGAGAAAAUGUAUAGAGUCACUCGCGUGAACGACAUACAUAAACCCUUGCAAACGAUUCUUUGGAGGGCAGAACCAACUCAUCCCUUAAAAACUUUUACCUUAAACACGGUAACAUAUGGUACCGCUUCUGCCCCAUUCUUAGCAACUAGGUGUCUUAUGCAGCUUGCUCAGGAGUGUGAUGAUCCAUCAACACGCUCUACCAUAGAGCACGACUUCUAUGUCGACGACUAUUUGUCAGGUGGUUCAUCUGUUACAGAAACGUUGGACAAGUGUCGGAAUGUCAUAGCUGUUCUUAAAACAGCAAAGUACAAUCUGCGGAAAUGGCAAUCUAAUUCUCAAGCUGUACUUUCUGCUAUUUGCAAAGAUCAGGUUAGUUCUGAUUUAGUAAAUCUUAGCGACCGUACCUGAGUGAGUUUGUGAUCACUCUACCUCCUCUAAACGAGGUCAAAAUACCCCGGUGGGUCACUUGUGAAUCACUGGCGUCCUUACAGUUACAUGUCUUCACUGAUGCCUCUGAAAAGGCGUACGGUACAUGUAUAUAUGUUCGCAGUACAUCAGUAAGCGGGGAGGUUCGUGUUCAUCUUCUUACAUCUAAAAGCAAGGUUGCUCCUGUCAAAUCUACAACUAUUCCCCGCCUCGAACUCUGUGCAGCAUUAUUAGGUUCACGUCUUUACCUAAAGGUUCGUCAGUCACUUACAUUGAACUUUGACGACGUAUACUUUUGGUGUGACUCUACCAUAGUUUUGGGCUGGUUGGCUGCAUCACCGACGCAGCUCAAGACUUUCGUUCGGCAUAGAGUCUCCGAGAUACAGGAAACUGCGGAGGGGAGGCCUUGGCGCUACGUACCUUCUCUUUCUAACCCCGCAGACCUCUCUUCGCGUGGACUCAGAGCGGACAAACUGUUAUCGUCUUCGUUGUGGUGGUCAGGACCCCAAUUCCUUCUCGAAGAUACAUCUUCCUGGCCUCAGUUUCCAGAACAAAAUCGCCAAGUUUUAAAUCUUCCUGAGAUAGUUUCUUCACACCAUAUUGACAUUCUUAUUACAACUGAAAAUAUUAUUAAUUCAUUAUUUCCUAAAUAUUCUUCUAAUUUUUAUGCUUUACAACGUAUGAUGGCAUAUUUAUUACGGUUUUGUAACAAAUGUAGGAGAAGGUCUUCGGCUCACGGCCCACUCACAUCUACAGAAUUACAAAAUUCAUUACAUUUUCUUUGUACAUUGGCUCAACAGGAGUCGUUUCCUGAAGAGUAUUUCUUACUGUCCACAGGCAAACAAUUGCCUGCUAAAAAUAAACUUCUUUCCUUAUCUCCAUUCUUUGACAGAAACUCUAACUUAAUUCGUGUUGGAGGUAGGUUAAGUAAUUCGUUCUAUGACUAUGAUGUUAAACAUCCUAUUCUCUUGUCUAGCUCUCAUGUAAUUUGUAAAUUAAUAUUCAAUAUGUACCACUCACGCCUUAUGCAUCCAGGACCUCAGCUAUUACUUGCCACGAUUCGUCACCACUAUUUUCCGAUUGGGGGCAAGAACUUGGCUAAAAAGGUUACACAUCAAUGCGUGAAAUGUUGCAGGAUCAAAGCAAGUACUAUCCAACCUAUGAUGGGCAAUCUUCCUGAGCAACGGUUACACCUUGAGUUUCCCUUCUUAGAUUCAGGGGUCGACUAUGCUGGACCUAUCAUGAUAGCUGAUCGUAAGGGACGAGGGUGUAGACUUGUUAAGAGUUUUAUUUGUGUGUUUGUAUGUCUAGCUACCAGAGCCAUCCAUCUCGAACUCGUAUCGGACCUUACAAAGGAGGCUUUCUUGGCUGCCAUGAACCGUUUUAUUGCUCGUAGGGGAAAACCACGUAACAUUUUCUCCGACAAUGGCACAACGUUUGUCGGUGCUUUCAAUGAGUUAGCUGACUUACUUUCACAGGACUUAAACUUUAGCACUAUUGAUCGAGGAAUUAACUUUUCUUUUAUUCCUGCGUAUACUCCACACUUUGGCGGAUUGUGGGAAUCGGCUGUCAAAUCGACAAAACACCAUCUCAGAAGAGUUCUAGGUUUGACCAAUUUAACCUUCGAAGAGAUGGCAACAUGCUUAAUUCAAGUGGAGGCCAUCUUGAAUUCAAGGCCCUUAACUCCACUUUCCAACGACCCCUCAGACCUCACUCCUUUAACUCCAGCCCACUUCCUUAUUGGACGCUCACUUAUUUUGUUGCCUCAUCCACAGAUCGAGAGGGCCAACGUCAACCAUUUACAACGGUUUCGCCGCAUCGAGUUCCUGAAACAACACUUCUGGGCUCGUUUCUCUCAGGAAUACAUUGUGUGGCUGCAGGAGAGGACAAAAUGGCGCCAAUCUUCGGGAGAGCUGAAGGAAGGAACUCUCGUUGUCAUUAAAGACAAAAGCUUACCGCCUUUACUCUGGCUUUUAGGACGCAUCACACGAGUGCUUCCUGGCAGGGAUGGCAUAUCAAGAGUCGCCGACAUCCGCACUCGUAAGGGUGUCAUUCGGCGAGCGUUCAACACCAUCUGCCCUCUACCUGUCUCUGUUGAAGACUCUUCAACCGGGGGAGGAUGUUGAGUCUUCGACUCAACCGCUUCCCGGCGUGUGCGAGCGAGACAACGAAGCUAUCGCUGUCGCGGGCAGCGGGCUGCCGCGGACAGCGGGCCACCGCGGCUCGCCUGCGCAUCCGCGCGCCCCACCUCGACAGUCAGCUGUUACACGCCACGACAUACGCCCGCACUCGCACUCUUAAUUUUCUUAUUGGUUGUUCGUACUCAUAUUUCUUAUUUGUAACAGUCUGAUAUUUCAUUAUACUCAUUUUAAUACAGUCCACUAAGCAUUUCAUUUUAUAUAUAAGGCUAUCGACCCCAACAGGUCUCAG